CCCCCCCGCAGGGAGCCUAGGCGCCCCGUUCCCAUACAUGGGCAGCGCGGGGCCCGGCCGGGAAGCGGCGUCACGGGCUGGGGGGGCAGGGAGGGAGGGGGGCUCCAGGGCUGGGACCCUCCCCCCCAACCCCCCAGCCACCGGGAAGUGGGGACGCGGCGCCGGACAGGGCUAUGGACGACCUGGACGCCCUCCUGGCCGACCUGGAGACAACGACGUCCCACAUCGCUAAGCACCCAGUGCUGCUCACGGCCCCAGGGGAUGGGGGGGCAGAGCCUCGUCCCCCUCCCCCGCCCUACAGCCCCAAGCACCAGGUGACAGCCUUGGACCUGGCCCCGCCCCCAGGGGGUGACAAAGAGCACCUCUACAGCACGGUGGUGAAGCCGAGGCCACCGGCCCCAUCCCCACCCCCUGCAGCGGUCCUGGCCCCGGGCCUGGGAGAGCUGGACCGGCUCCUGCAGCAGCUCAGUGCCACCCAUGGCUCCAUCGCAGAUGAGAUCCUGGCCCAGUUCCCGCCCAGCCAUGGGCCCGAUGGGGACAAGGAGACGGAGCCUGGAGAUGGGGGGUCACCCAGACGGUCUCCUAGCUCCUCCCCUCCACCCUCGAAGCCCUCGGCCACCUCAGCCACGCUGGAGCUGGACAAGCUCAUGGCCUCCCUCUCCGACUUUCGGGUCCAGAGCAACCUCCCUGGGGCCCAGCAGGCGGUGGUGACCCCGGCCCCGCCACCUGGUGAGGGGUCGCUGGACUCGAUGCUGGUGCUGCUGCAGUCAGACCUGAGCCGCCAGGGGGUUCCCACAGGCGCCAAGGGGCUCUGCGCCUCCUGCCAAUUGCCUGCCGGUGCGUGUGGGCAGGUGGUGACGGCACUGGGCUCGCCAUGGCACCCCGAGCACUUCGUGUGCGCGCAGUGCGGCGUGGCGCUUGGCGGCUGCAACUUCUUCGAGAAGGACGGCGCCCCGUACUGCGAGCGCGACUACUUCCAGCGCUUCGCCCCCCGCUGCGCCCGCUGCCACCAGCCUAUCCUGGACAAAAUGGUGACAGCGCUGGACCAGAACUGGCACCCAGAGCACUUCUGUUGCGUGAAAUGUGGGAAGCCCUUUGGCGAGGAAGGCUUCCAUGAGAAAGAGGGGCGCCCAUACUGCCGCGAUGACUUCGCCGAGCUCUUCUCGGCGCGGUGCCAGGCCUGCAGCGCCGCCAUCUUGGACAGCUACAUCUCUGCUCUUGGCGCCCUCUGGCACCCGCACUGCUUCGUCUGCCGGGAGUGCUACGCGCCCUUUGCGCAGGGCAGCUUCUUCGAGCAUGGGGGCCGUCCCUACUGCGAGCGCCACUACCACCAGCGCCGCGGGUCGCUGUGCGGCGGGUGCGGGGGCCCCAUCGCCGGGCGCUGCGUCACCGCCAUGGCGCGGCGCUUCCACCCCGAGCACUUUGUCUGUGCCUUCUGCCUGCGCCCGCUGACCAAGGGCACCUUCCAGGAGCACGGCGCCAAGCCCUACUGCCAGCCCUGCUUCCUCAAGCUCUUUGGUUGAGGUCCUGCCCUCCUUGGCAGAGGCUGCGCCCACUGCCUGGGUAGAGGAUGCACCCACUUCCUGUUUGGGGACCCCUAUUUUUGGGUUGGGGGGAGUGACACCCACUUCCUGGGUGGGAGACACACCCACUUCCUGUUUGGCGGCCCCUGUUUUUGGGUGGGGGUGGGCCCACACCUACUUUCUGUUUGGGGACCUCCAAAAAUGCAGGUCCACAAGCAGGAAGUAGACCCCACUCACAUUUCCUGUUUGGGGACUCCCAUUUCCAGAUUGGGGUGGAGCUACGCCCACUUCCUGGGUAAAAACUCUACCCACUUCCUGUUUAGGGACCAUCAUUUUUGGGUUGGGGUGGAGCCACACCCAUUUCCUGAGUAGAAACUCUACCCAUUUCCUCUUUAGGGACCUUUUUUUCUGGGUUGCGGUGGAGCCACACCCACUUCCUGAGUAGAGUCCCUGCCCACUUCCUGUUUAGGGACCCCCAGUUUUGGGUUGGAGUGGAGCCACACCUACUUCCUGGGUAGGCCCCAUACCCACUUCCUGUUUGGAGACCCCCAUUUCCAGGUUGGUGAGGAGCCAUACCCACUUCCAGGGUAGAAGAUACACCCACUUCCUGUUUGCUGACUCAUUUUUGAGUUGGGGUGAUGCCACACCCACUUCCUGAGUAGCGUCCCUGCCCACUUCCUGGUUGGGGACCUCCAUAUGCAGGCUGAGCCACACCUACUUUCUGGAUAAAGGCCACACUUGGGAAUCUCCAUUUUUGGGCUGGGGUAGAGCCACACCCACUUCCUGUUUAGGGACCUCCAUUUCCAGGUGGGGGUGGAGCCUCACCAACUUCCUGGUUAGAAGCCCUGCCUACUUCCUGUUUGGGGACCCUACCUCUGGGUUACAGACGGAGCUCCACCCACUUCUGGGAAAAAAGGCCCACCUACUUCCAGCGGGAAAGGCCCACUGGGUUGGGGACCACACUUCCGGGUCAGGGGGCAAAGGCCCGCCUACUUCCAGGUUCAAAGAUUUGCC